CGAGUCCGGCGUAACGUACCGCCAGUGAGCAGUGCAGUGUCCGAGGUUUAGCGAGCCAACCGCCCGCGUCAGACCACUUUAAUAACAAACAACAUGUUUAUAUCAUUUAUAACCCGAAUUUGCUUACUUCUCGCCGUCCUCGAAUCGGCGACGACACAGAGCGACCAAGGAUCCAAAACAUGCAAGAUAAGUGACGAUAUAGAAGGAGAGUGUAUUUUGCUACAAAAAUGUCCUCGAGCAUUGGAUUUGCUGAAGUUAAAUGAUAUUAAAUCAUUAAGGAAUCUCACUUGUGGAUAUGAUAAGCUGGAUGCAAAGGUAUGCUGCGUCACAAACAAAACAGACGGAAUAUCUAUCACCUUCAAUACUACUAAAGACACCGCCACUAGUAGACCUGAAGGCGGUAUAUCACAUACUGUUAAAGUGCCACCAGAUCCGGUAGCUACCUUCCCUUCUACCACUCCGGUACCAACAGAGGCACAAACAACUAGAGUAGUUUAUUCGACUACAUUCGUUCCAACAACACAUAAUCAGAAGAAAACAAAUGCGCCCCAUCAUAACAAUGAAUUCAAUGAGUCAACACAACCAUCAUCUUCAGGUUUCGCUAUCCGUCCACCAGUGAUACCACCGCGACCACCGCCACAAGAACCACCUUCCAUGCUCGAAACAGCUAGUGAAACCAUACCCUCAUUUGACAAUCCGCUAGGAAUCGAUACAAACAUCCCAUCCCGAUUUCCUGUUGAAGAUCAAAGUAAUGUUGGCUGGCAGCUAUCAGGAGUUUCUGAUGAUGUAACGGAGCAAAUGGAACGCUUCCCCGUAUUGCAGCGUCCCGUCAAUCUACCAAGUCGGAAUGAGUGUGGACUGGUUUUAACAUCUGACAGAAUUUUUGGUGGGCAAGUGGCAGGACUUGAAGAGCUGCCAUGGCUGGCUCGCAUCAAAUAUCAAAUGAAGUCGAAAGAGAUCUACGCGUGCCAUGCGUCCCUGAUUACUGACCGUUUCUUGGUUACUGCUGCGCAUUGUGUAGUCAACCAGCAAAUAAUAGACGUUCGUCUGGGUGACUGGGACAUUGAGACAGAAAUUGACUGCAUUCAGGACGACUGCAACGAUCCUCCUAUGGAUGUUAAAAUCGAUGCAACCUUCGUACACCCUUCGUAUCAUAGACAAACACUAGUUGGUGACAUAGCUUUAUUGCGGCUAGCACAUCCGGUUAAUUUUACAGAAUUUAUCCGGCCAGUUUGCUUACCGACAACAGAAUACAUCUCACGAAUAGAUUACGAUCCCGAUAGUGAAUACAUAACUGGUGGCUGGGGUAAAACAGAGUUUGAAACGAGGUCCGUAGUUAAAAGAAAAAUCCGUCUAACGGCUGUACCAAUGCCAACCUGCAGGGCUGCCAUCCGACGGAUGUCUGACCAGCUAGCCGCCAGCACCAUCUGCGCUGGUGGGAGAAAGGGUGAGGACAGCUGCGCCGGCGACUCUGGCAGCUCCCUCGCCCGGCUGGCCAGCGAGAACCGCCGUUUUAACUGGUACCUCUUCGGGGUAACCAGUUUCGGAUCGAGUAGAUGCGCUACAGAAGGAAUACCGGGCAUCUAUUCGCGAGUAACAUAUUAUAUGGAUUGGAUUCUGAGCAUUCUUGCAUUGUAAAAGAGAAUAGAUUCAUUAUUUAUACGUAAAGGAUGAACGGAAAGUUGGUGAAA